CUAAACUUUCGCAAGUCUAGUGAUUCAAUUUCUAUUUACCAACUUACUAUCCCUCUUUUUUUUGCCCUUCUUUUCCCCAAACACUGCCUAAGGAAGAAAUCGAAAUCCAUCGCAGAGCUUCAAAGAUGUUGAGAGUGGCGACAAGGCGGCUCUCUUCUCUCUCCUCAUCUUCAUGGCGUCCUGCUGCCUCGUCUUCCUGCGUCUUCUCUAAGUCCCCUUCUUCCAGGGAUGACGACAACAGAUCUAGUUCCUUCUCUGACUCCUUCAGAUUCGCCUCUUAUUUCUAUUCCCCCAGUCGAGGAUUUGCUACUGAGCAUAUUAUUCCGAGAGCUGAACACGCCAUGGUUCCUGAUAUUCCUGCUACUGUGGCAGCUAUCAAGAACCCCUCAUCAAAGAUAACCUAUGAUGAAUACAAUCAUGAACGAUAUCCACCUGGUGACCCCAGCAAGAGAGCAUUUGCUUAUUUCGUUCUCACUGGUGGAAGAUUUGUCUAUGCUUCCCUCAUUCGUCUGCUUGUCCUUAAGUUUGUGCUAAGCAUGUCCGCCAGUAAAGAUGUUCUUGCACUUGCAUCGAUUGAGGUUGAUCUUUCUAGCAUUGAGCCAGGCUCUACUGUGACUGUAAAGUGGCGUGGAAAGCCCGUCUUCAUCAGACGCCGAACUGAAGAUGACGUGAAGCUGGCGAACAGUGUUGAUCUCUUGUCGCUCCGUGACCCACAAAAAGAUGAAGAAAGAGUUAAGAAUCCUGAAUGGCUUAUUGUGAUUGGCGUAUGCACUCACCUGGGAUGCAUUCCUUUGCCUAAUGCCGGGGACUAUGGUGGAUGGUUUUGCCCUUGCCAUGGUUCUCACUAUGACAUAUCUGGUCGAAUUCGGAAGGGUCCUGCACCUUAUAAUCUUGAGGUACCCACUUACACUUUCUUGGAAGAGAACAAGUUACUGAUUGGUUAAGAAACAGGUUGAUUGGGCUUAUUUCCCAGUGAUAUAAGACUUCCUUUUUGUACUCGUUAGUCUGAAUUUGGAUUUCAGAAAUUUUCUGUUGACACUUGAAGAUAAUUUUAUUUUGGUUUAAGCAAUACCUAGAAUUGCUCGUGUAAUUUUAAGUUUGCAACUUUUUACUGGUGGAGUUGUCAUUUGUAUGAAAUAAAUUGAUGGGCAUCUUGCUUAGUAUGGAUUUUUGCCGCCAUUGGCGAGAGUUUCCAGUUUCCACUGGCCUACAUAUAUACAUGAGA